AUGGCACACAAGCAGGCCGGUGUGGAUUUGGAAUCUCUUUAUAGUGACCUUGGCAAGGCUUGCAAGGCUGCUUCUUAUUCAAGAGUCGUGGCUAUUUGUGACAAAAUCCUAAAACCCUUUCCCACUGAUGCAUACGCUCUGCACUGCAAAAUAGUUUCUCUCAUCCGUCAAGAUAGGUUUGAUGACUGCUUGGAGUUCUUCCGGAAGCAACAAGUCGAUGGUUAUCAUUUGGAAAGAGCAUACUGUGAAUACCGUUUAAAUCGCCUGGUUGAUGCAUUGAAAACUGUCUCAAGUUGUACUGUUGUGACUCAGGAGCUCAUUGAACUCCGAGCACAAAUUUAUUAUCGGCUUGAAGAAUUUGAAAGGGCGAUUGAAGAGUAUGAAAAUUUGGUGAAAACAUGCAAAGACGAUUAUCAGGGUGAGCGGCAAACUAAUCUUAUUGCUGCGAGGGCUGCGCUUUCUUGUUUCCAAGGAAAAGUUGUGCCAUUAAACUACUCUCCUGCACUGUUCGAGACUGCAUUCAAUGCAGCCUGUUAUUACAUCGGCAAGAAGGACUACAUGAGGGCCCUCAAGUACUUAGAUGAGGCUGAAAAAUUAUGUACUAAAACUUUUGAAGACGACACCGAUGUAACUGAGGAACAAAUCAAUGAGGAAGUUGCUCCCAUUAGGGCUCAAAAAGGUUUUGUGCUGCAACAACAGCAAAAGGCGGAUGUUGCAUUUGAAGUCUAUCAUACAAUUUUACGUCAACGGUCCGGUGACCCAUCUCUGAUGGUUGUGAUUUCAAACAAUCUUAUCUGCAUUAAUAAAGAACAAAACGCUUUCGACACUCGCAAACGCAUAAAGGCGUCUUCGAUUGAUGAUCUCCAGCACAAGCUAUUCCAAGCCCAACGUAGUUCAAUACUUGUAAAUCAGGCUCUAUUCUAUCUCAACAACAAUCAACUUGACGCCUGUAAUGCCAAAUUGAAAGCUGUUUUGAAUGAAGACCCAAACAAUGUGCGAGCUGUCAUGCUCUCGGCAGUUAGCUUAGCCAAAAGCAAACAGUCUUCUGCUGGUGUCCGGCUGCUGGAGAACUUCGCGAAGUCUUCAGCCUUCGAUGAGGUGGACAAACAGAGUCGCCUAGCCGUCAUCUUCCUCCUCGUCCACCUUCAACUUAUGGCCGCUUCAGGUACGUCUUUGGGCGCCACACCCACCGCUCCGUUGCGAGUGGGCAAACUCACCGCUGAGGUAGCCGACGCCUUGUCGGAGCAGAUCCUUGCCAAGUUGCUUCCCAAGGAGAUAGCUCUGCUGCCUCUCAUUGCAUCACUUCGCGUUGCCCUUCUUUUGGGUACGGGAACUGGGGGGGCGGACUGCGUUGACGAGGCGACAGUCAAGCGCACUAAGGAAAUUGUCUUUGAGACGCUGGAAGUUUGGUCCAAGAAGUCGUCCGAUAAAAUUGACUCCGAUCGCCUUCUCUCGCGUUGCAUCGAUUUCUUCCGUUUCCACGGCUUCGCUGAGGAUGCCGCGCACCUGCUAGAACAGCGUCUUGAUGCUCUAAAGCAGAUGAGCGCUGGCAGUGAGGGUGUCAAGAAGCAGCAGCAACAAAGUCUAUUGGCAUUGCUGAUUCAGGCCUACUCCAAGUUCGACCACGCCAAGGCGAGUCAGGCAAGUCGCCAUCUGGAGUUCAAGGAGAAGUUGAGUGAGAAGGAGGUGGAUUCUCUGGAGUCCAUAUUUCUCUUUAACAUGAAGAGUAUCAAGAAGAGUGGGAGGGUAGUCACUGCACCGACACCGAAGAGCGGAGGCAAGGCAGGUGACACAGAGGGGGCGGUGGCAGUGACACCGAAGAAGCACAAGAAGAAGAAGCGACCACCUCGGCUACCGAAGAACUACGAGCCCGGCGUACCGCCGGAUCCUGAGCGGUGGCUGCCGAGGCGCGAGCGCACCGGUUACCGCGGCAAGCGGCGUGACAAGCGCCAACCCUUGCACCUCCAGCGUGGCCCCCAGGGUGUUACUUCCUCCACAGCUCCCGAGCUGGACAUGGGCAACACGGGCGCUUCCGUAGCCUCAACACCACCAAGCGCUGGAUCUGGCAGCGCCGGUACCGGGCCCGGUCCCAGCGCAAACAACGCGCAGCGCCGACCCCAGCAGAAUAAGCCCCACAAGAGCAAGAAGGGAAAGAGGCGCUAA